GAUCACUCUGAGAGCAUCGCAUUUCAUUUCACUGAGAGAGAGUGUGUUUGUGGGUCGAUCGAAGAUGUUUCUGCGUGCGGUGGCGCGGCCAUUGAUGGCGAAGAUGAAGGAGACGACGGGGAUAGUGGGGCUGGACGUGGUGCCGAACGCGAGGGAGGUGCUGAUUGGGCUGUACAACAAGACGCUGACCGAGAUCCAGAAGGUUCCGGAGGACGAAGGGUACCGGAAGGCGGUGGAGAGUUUCACGAGGCACAGGCUGAAGGCGUGCCAGGAGGAAGAGGACUGGGAGGCAAUCGAGAAUCGUCUUGGGUGUGGCCAGGUCGAGGAGCUCAUCGAGGAGGCUCAAGAUGAGCUCAAACUCAUUUCCCACAUGAUCGAAUGGGAUCCAUGGGGUGUACCAGACGAUUAUGAAUGUGAAGUGAUUGAAAAUGAUGCACCAGUUCCCAAGCAUGUCCCUCUCCACCGACCUCAUCCUCUCCCUAAAGAAUUCCAUGAUACACUUGAGGCACUAAUAUCCAAAUCAGGAAAAGAUACCCCUGCUGUCAGCUCCAGUGAUUCUCCCUCAAAGGCAUGAUCUUCAGCCACAUUAGAGCUUUGUUGUUUCUCAAUUUGAAUGUAUUUUUCCUUUCUCCACAGUAAGUUGUUUGUGUUUAGUAGUUUCAGACUCAAAAAUCUUUCUGGGAGUAAAACCUUGGCUUCUAAAUAACUUGAACUGUAUGAAAUAACAAGAAUUUUUUGUUUCA